AUGUAAAUUGAGUAAUUAUUUUUUGAUUCUUCAAAUUAGAAUGAUAAGAAUUAAUGGGUCAAUUUGGACUCAAUUAAACGUUCGAUUUCCACAAUUAGAUUAUUCGAGGGAACUUUAUUUAUUAAGUGCAAAAAGCAAGAUGCUUUCAAACCUAAAUUUUUUAAGCUGUUUUCUGAUAGAUUGAACAUCUACAAAAAUGGGAGGGAACAAAAAGAAACUGCUGCCCUAUUUUUGACGAAUGUUUAUUUGGACCUAAAAUUAGUGGUUGAAUCUGAAAAAGAUAAAUAUCCCAUAAUCUUAAUAAACGGAAAUCGCAAGUUGAUUUUUAUUGCUCGCUCCUCAGAAAGUCAAACCAAAUGGAUUGAGUAAUUCAAGAAAACCUGUAUCAUGAACAAUUACAAAGACAUCUACACCAACAUUAAAGUAUUAGGCAAGGGUACGUUUGCAAAGGUAAUAUAAUUCGCAAAUAAGGUAUUUUUAGCCCAUAAAAUGAUAGAUAAAUCCAAGUUUGCAGUGAAGACCUUUCAAAAAUCAGCAUUGAUGGACAAAAAGAACACUCAAAGGCAAGGCCUAAUAAAUGAGAUCAACCUAUUGAGAUCAUGUGAUCAUCCAAAUAUCAUAAAACUGUAUGAGAUUUAUGAAAGUGGAGAUUACAUAUAUUUAGUCAUGGAAUUGUUGGAGGGCGGAGAAUUGUUCGAUCUAAUACUUGAGACUCCUUUCUUUGUGGAAUCCAAGAUAGCCUAAAUCAUGUUCAAAAUAUUUGAUGCCUUGGAGUAUCUUCAUACUAAAAAUAUUAUGCAUCGAGAUAUCAAAUUGGAGAAUAUAAUACUCAAAGAUAAAUCUGAGAAUUUCGAUCUAAAAAUAGCUGACUUUGGCUUAGCAUCCUACACUGAAAGCGAAUUACUAAUCAAAAGAUGUGGUACUCCUGGGUAUGUUGCUCCUGAAAUUCUAUAAGAUUAGAAGUAUAAUGAAAAAGUCGAUGUUUUCAGUGCUGGGAUCAUACUGUAUAUAUUACUAACUGGAUAAGCCCCAUUUUAUGGUAAUAGUUUGGAUGAUGUGAUAGAAAAGAAUAGAGAGUGUCAAAUCAAUUUGCAAGGCUUAAAAGUAUCCCAAGACGCUUUGGAUUUAUUAUAAAAAACCUUGGAGCCCAAUCCAUAGAAUAGAAUUUCCUCUCUGGAAGCCCUAUCUCAUCCUUUCAUUUCAAGAUAAUACAAAAGAUAAGUUAAUAGUAUGGAGGAUUUUCCAUUGGAUGAAUUACCAAACGACAAUUAUAGUGCUUUUGAGAACAUGAAGAAAUUUUGUCAGAAUGAUAUGCGAUUCAAAAUGUCGAAGCUAAAGAAAAAUGAAUUGGUUUAACAAACUCCUUUUAUGGGUACCAGAGAAUACGAUAUAGUAAAUGCGACUUCUGAUAGUUGGUUGAAUGAGAAAUCAGGAGAGAUGGACUCAAAAUAAAUAUUGAAUUUUCCCUGCAUUUAAUAAUAAUCAUCAGAUUCGGAUACUUCAAUCUUAAAUACUCCAGAAGUCAAGAAAGAUACUCAAAAAUUCGUUUAAUUGAAUGCCUUGCAACAAAUUGGAUAUUAUAAAUUAUCACCAAAUUAAUCUCUAUAUUCACCUCCUAACAAUCAAUAAAAGCAAUAAAUCUAAAUGAAUUUCAAAAAGGCCAGCUAAGUGAGAGAUUAAUUAAAAAAAUUAGAAUGA